AUGAAAGCGAAUGUUCUCGGUGUUAGGGAAAAGGAAAUCUUGAAUGACUUCAGUAAUUCCAUUCAAUUUUCAAAUGGGAGAUAUUGUGUGGAGUUGCCGUGGAAACCAGGAAUGAAGGAAAAAUUAGCCGAUAAUAAGGAAAAUGCAGUUAGGCGUUUUCAGGUGUUGAUUAAAAGGUUUGGAAAUAGUCCUCCAUUUUUUGAAACUUAUAAGGGAGUGAUUGAUAGCUAUCUUGGAGAAGGUAUAGUCGCAGUUCCGUCAUUAGAUAGGCUGUCAUCUAAUCAGGAAUUUUACUUGCCUCACCAUGCGGUAAUUCGUGACGAAAAACCUACGACACGUUUGCGAAUUGUGUUCGAUGGCUCUGCUCAUGAGGAUGGACAGUUUUCACUAAAUGAAUGUCUUUUUAAAGGACUCAAUUUAUAUCCAAGUCUUUUUGAGCUGUUGCUAAAAUUUAGGCAAAGUAAAAUCGCAUUUACUGCUGAUAUAAAACAAGCAUUUCUACAAAUUGAGAUCCGAUUCGGACAGAGAUUUUACUAG